AUGGAGCAAGAGCAAAAGGCAGACAGAGUCGAGGGGAUCCGAAGUCUGCCGGCGCCGGCGCCGGUGCCGGCGGCAGGCAGGCCGGCACGCCGGCAGCUGCCGGCAGUGCCGGACUGCCCCUGGAGCAGGAUUCUGCCGGCUGCCGGCAGUGCCGGACUACCCCUGGAGCAGGAUUCUGCAGGCUGCCGGCAGUGCCGGACUACCCCUGGAGCAGGAUUCUGCAGGCUGCCGGCAGUGCCGGACUACCCCUGGAGCAGGAUUCUGCAGGCUGCCGGCAUGCCGGCAUUGCCGGACUACCCCUGGAGCAGGAUUCUGCCGGCAUGCCGGCAGUGCCGGACUGCCCCUGGAGCAGGAUUCUGCCGGCUGCCGGCAGUGCCGGACUACCCCUGGAGCAGGAUUCUGCAGGCUGCCGGCAGUGCCGGACUACCCCUGGAGCAGGAUUCUGCAGGCUGCCGGCAUGCCGGCAUUGCCGGACUACCCCUGGAGCAGGAUUCUGCCGGCAUGCCGGCAGUGCCGGACUGCCCCUGGAGCAGGAUUCUGCAGGCUGCCGGCAGUGCCGGACUGCCCCUGGAGCAGGAUUCUGCCGGCAUGCCGGCAGUGCCGGACUGCCCCUGGAGCAGGAUUCUGCAGGCUGCCGGCAGCGCCGGACUGCCCCUGGAGCAGGAUUCUGCAGGCUGCCGGCAUGCCGGCAGUGCCGGACUACCCCUGGAGCAGGAUUCUGCAGGCUGCCGGCAGUGCCGGACUGCCCCUGGAGCAGGAUUCUGCAGGCAGAAGGCACUGUUGUCGGCUGCCGGGCGCCUUUGA